GCUUCUCAACACCAAGUCGCCGACCAUCGACCUGCAUGCGGCUGACAAGGUCAAGCGGUGGCCCACGUGCGUGCCACUCGACGACAUCCCGUCUCUACUACUUGAGGUUGAGGAAGCGGUACGGGAAAUGGCCAACAGAAAGGCCGUCGGGCCGGACGACCUACCGGCUGAGCUGAUCAAGCUUUUCCUGGACGGAGAUCAAGGUCUCCUCCGCGAGUUCCACGCCAUUGUCGUGGACGUGUGGCAGACUGGGGACGUACCACAGCAGUGGAAGGAUGCCACCAUCAAAGUGCUGUUCAAGAAGGGGGACACGAUGGAGUGCGGCAACUACCGGGGCAUCUCGCUCGUCGCACACGCCGGCAAGGUGCUGCUUAAGGUCGUCGCUACACGACUGAGCCACUACUGCGAGCGAGAGGGCAUCCUCCCGGAGGAACAGAGCGGUUUCCGCCCACACCGGUCGACGCUCGACAUGCUGUUCGCCAUCCAGCGGCUCCAUGAGCUCGCGAGGAAGAAGAGUACUGCGGUG